CUGACAGUUUCGCUCCGCUGGACUCAGAGCAAACGUAGCAGGAAAAGCGACUACUAUUCGAUCAGGAGGAGUAGAAAGGGCCCAGCUGUUGUGAGGAAUCUACUGUACUCCAGUCUACCAUGGAGUAAACACUGAGGAAAACUCAGUGAAUUCUUCAAGACAUCUGCCAUUCCCGGUGGAAAGGACACGUUGUCAGAAAGUUGGACAACAUGGUGUUAUGGUCUGAUCCUGUACAGAUGCCGUUUAGCUCAUGACUGGAAAAGCAUGAAGUAAUUCCAGUGGAUUGUAUUGCCUUUUGGUUGGAGGAGGGUACCACUUUGCUGGUGCCAUGGCAUCCAAGGAGAGAUUGUACGAGGUGUGGAUGCUAUACUCCACUAAGAGGGAUCCAGACUACUUGAAGUUAUGGCUGGAGAUUUUCGUCAGCUCCUAUGAAAGAUGCCUAAAUGUGGAUUUUGAAAAGCCACCGACCAGGCCAGAGGAGUUGCCCCCGGUGCUGACCCUGCUCCCAGACAACAUCCUUCAGGUUUUGCGUCACCAGCUGCUGCAAUGCGUCCAAAAGGCCUCGGACGGUCUGGAGCCAGAGCAGCAGAACCUGGCUCUGCUCCUCCUCAAGUUCCUCAUUCUCAUCUGCAGGAACUUGUCCAAUGUGGAGGAGAUCGGCACCUGCUCCUACAUCAAUCACAUUAUUAACAUGACCACCCUUUACAUUCAGCAGUUGAAAAGCAAGACCAAAGAGAAGGAGAUGGUGGACCAGAGCCAGGCUGAAGAAUUCGUCCGUCACGCUUUGGCAUUCUGUGAGAGUCUAUAUGACCCAUAUCACAACUGGAGGCAUCGGACCAGCGGAGAGCAGGUUGGGACAGUGGAGCGGAGCAGGCAGAAGUACAAAGCAGCACCUCUCACUGUGGAGUUUGUUCCUUUCUUUUAUCAGUGCUUCCAGGAAAGUGAACAUCUAAAGGAGAGUUUAAAGUGCUGUUUGCUUCACCUGUUUGGGGCCAUAGUAGCCGGGGAUCAGAGGAAUGCACUGCUCGCCAUCUCCCCAGCCACUAUGGAGGUACUGAUGCGGGUGCUAGGGGACUGCUCGCUCGGCAGCUGCCCCACGGAUGAAGGAGAGGACUGGGACAGCGAAGCACCCGAUCGAAAGGCCCUGCUAACGUUAGGCUGUCUGCGGGAAGUGGUACAGCGCCUCCUAGCAUCCAGUUCGGACCAGCGCCAAGUGGAGAUCGCGUCGGUUCUGGAGAAUUAUUUCAAGUUGCUCAAUUCAGACCCGGCUGCAGUAGUGGCUUCAAAACAACAGCAGCAGAAGCAGGGGAAGGGAAAAGUGCCAACGCUGGGGAGACACUGGGAGAGCAGAUUUGUGGCACUGCAAGUCAAUAUGUUAGACACUAUCAGAGACAUGUUCCUGUGCUCGGAUAGACCGGUUCUACAAGCCAUCUUCCUCAACAGUAACUGCUUUGAGCAUCUCACAAGACUCCUACAAAACAGCAAGCUGAUAAAUGCUAGGAGCACGUCGGCUGACAAGGACCAGAAAGAUAUAACCAACAACAUGUUACUGUCAGGAGAGAGGGACACCCAGGUGUUUCAGGGAAGAUUGGAUUCACUUGCGGUUGCAACCAUAAAGGCGCUUACAACAGUAAUGCACAAGUCACCGGCUGCAAAGGAGGUGUUCAAGGAGAGGAUAGGCUAUAAUCACUUGUUUGAAAUCCUGAUCUCUCUGGGGCAGCCUUCACGGCACCUCCUUAAAGAGCUCAUGAAUAUGGCGGUGGAGGGAGAGCACACUUCUGUGGGUCUCUUGGGCAUCAGUAAUGUCGACCCUCUUCUCCUUCUGGUCCAGUGGCUUCCUGAACUCGAUUCAUGUGAACUUCAACUCUUCACCGCCGACUGGGUCCGACGCCUCAGCUGCUUAAAUCGCCAAACCCGUGCCACUUGUGUCAACGCCUCAAUGGUCAAGCGUGCUUUAUCUGCUUUGAAACGCUAUCAAAGACUACACCGAGCGUGCGGAGAGAGUUUAUUAGGACUACUAGGGUCUUUGGGCUCGCAGUCGCUAAGUACAAAUGAACUGUUGGAGUUUUUAAGAUUGUUACGACCACCGGAUUCAACGCAAGCACAUCCGUAUGUAGGACCUGCGUUGAGAGCUCUUCUGAUGAUGGUACGGAAGCAGGGGUUAGAAAGUGCGAUGCAGUAUUUUGACUUGUCCCAUGGGAUGGCUGGGAUUUCGGUGCCGACGGUGCAGCGGUGGCCUGGAUCGGCGUUCAGUUUUCUGGCCUGGCUCUCUCUGGACCAGGAACAACUCGGACCCACCAGCAAAGACAAGAGGAAACAGCUUUACAGUUUCUUCUCUGCGGGGGGCACUGGGUUUGAGGCGUUCAUCUCAGCAGCAGGGGUCCUGGUGGUGGCCGUCUGCACCAAGAAGGAGUAUGUGACUGUGAUGCUGCCUGACUACUGCUUCUGCGACUCUCUAUGGCACAGUAUUGGUGUGGUGCAUGUGCCUGGAAAGAGGCCGUUUGGACAGAGUCUGGUCUACAUUUAUGUGGAUGGACAACAAAAGCUCUCUGCACCACUCAAGUAUCCCACCAUGACUGAGCCUUUUACCUCCUGUUGCAUUGGUUCAGCGGGACACCGGACCACAACUCCCCCUCCCUCCCAGAUCCCAGACCCCCCCUUCUCCUCCGCCUCCACCCCCACCACGCGCUCCUCUCUGGGGGGCAUCUUGUCUCCGCACACCUGGGGGGGUCUGCUGGGAGGCAAACCUGAGUCUGUGACCAAACUGAUCUCUGCUGGGACCCAGGACAGCGAGUGGGGCAGUCCGACCUCACUACAGGGACAACUGGGGAGCGUGAUGGUGUUUCAUGAACCACUGCAGCCGAACCACAUUAAAGCCAUCUGCAGUGCGGGUCCAAACUGCAUAUCUCCACUCAAAGCCCAAGAGUCUGAAAUUGGGGACCUCACAACUAAACUGCUGCUUUAUUAUUCGCCAAAGGCGUGUAAGAACCCCAUCUGUCUGGAUCUGUCGCCCAACACGCUGCACGGCCGUCUGACUGGGAACAAAGUGGUCAACUGGGACAUUAAGGAUGUUAUAAACUGUGUGGGCGGACUGCCAGUGCUGUUGCCUGUCCUGGAGCAGCUGGCCCUGGUAACUCCGGAUCCACAGACCUCUGAUCCGGGCUCCGGGUCUUCAGACUUCAUCACUCCGGAUGUCUCUACACCGGCCGAAGGGGACUGGGUCAUACUGCCAUCCAACCGCGCUUCAGAGGCGAGACUGGAGAAGAACUUGGUUGCCACUUUUCUGUUGGUGCUAAAACAUUUUCUACAAAGACAUCCGAUCAACCAGGAAACUCUGCUCCACACACACGGAGUCAGCACUUUAGGAGCUCUUCUGCAAAAGCUCCCUGUGGGUCAUGUGGACGUGAGUGUCCUGGUGGCCAUGCAGCUCCUCAUCGAACAGGUGACGUGUGAGAAGAACCAGGCUCUGCUGCAACAGCUCCACUCACAUCUGCUCUUCAACUUCAACAUCUGGAACAAAGGAGACUUCCCACUAAGAAUAGGUCAUAUUCAGUACAUGUCCACAGUCAUCAAAGACAACAGGAAACAGUUCAGGAAGAAAUACGGAGUUCAGUUCUUUCUUGAUGCUGCUCGUCUCUAUUAUGGGAGGAACAGCAACAAAGAGGGUGAUCUGAGUGAAGAUGACAUCCGCACGAUACGAGCCUCCCUCUAUGGGCUCAUUAAAUACUACAUUGGAAAAGGCAUGUCACAGGAUGAGAUGCACAGCAUGCUGGGAUACAUCGCUGCUAUUGGGGAUGAAGAGCAGUUGUGUGGACUACUGGAGUUGUUACUGAGCCUCCUUCAGACCAGUCUGUCCCGGGAUCAGCUCUUCCUGCUCCUGUUUGAGCCCAGUGCUGCAGACUCAUGCUACGCUCUGCUCCUCAACAACAAGCACUCAGACCGCCUCAGGGAGCUGGUCUUCAAGUUGUUUGAGCGAAUGCUGCGCUGUGACCGUGUUUAUGAGAAGAAUAAACAGCGUCUGAGGCUGAGGGAGGCGGGGUACUCCGGACUCUCUCUCCUCUUCUCCGACCUCCACAUCACUCCCACUCUGAUCCGGUGUCUCCUCAACCAGAUCCUACACACAGAUCAUAAUGUGAAUUACAAAGACCUGAUGGCUCUGGUCCAGCUCACUCACCGGGCCGGUCCUAGUGUCCGCCUGAUUGUCUGCAAAAGGGUGCACCAGCUGCUGCAGUCCUCCCAGGAUGCUGCAAUUCAGAUUGCGAGACAGCAAUGUUGGCAGGACACUUUAAUGCGCUUGUAUUUGAGAGGAGAUGGAUCCUUAACUCUCAAAAACGCAGACACAGUUAGCACUUGUAGCUUGGACUUGAGCCGAAACUCCAACUCAAACCGCUUGGAGUUACCUCUUGAAAAACGGACUCGAACUGGAAGUAAUAGUAGAUUGGAUCGACUUGACGAUGACCGAAUUAGCAUAGGAGACACUCGAUCUGUUGAUAGUUUAGAAAAUGGUGAUGUUAUUUCACUUUUGGAUACUCCCUCUUCGUCUGCAUCAACUGAACCACACAUCCAACCAAAGCCAUGGGUAGUGGGGAAGUCAGGGGGGUUGACACUGGACUUAUCCCACCUUCAGGGCUUCGAUGCUGGGGAGAGCGGUACGCAGACUCCCGGUAGCAUGCCCAGUACUCCGUCACCGAUAGAAACGUCCAAGCCUUUUCCGGGAAAUUCCAGUGAAAAAGAUCCAAGCUCUUCCCUAAAUGAAGACAGCUUUCUAUUCAGUGAUAAUAUUUCACUGGGAGAGUCUUACAACAACACAGAGCGUGCAGAGGAGGAGUUGUGUUCGAUGCUUUUGGAGAUCGUUCUGUGUGUGAUGUGGAGAGGAGUGGAGGGCUCUGAUGAUGCUGCCUGGGUAGAAAGAGGACAGGUCUUCUCUGCUCUCACUAAACUGGGAACAGCCAACGAACUACUACAGCCCGUUGACCAAAUCAAACUCGGCCUUAUGGAGCGUAUGUUGGAGUGGGCCGUGGGGGACAAUCGUGAGGCAUCUGCAGCUACGUUACCUCAGCACACGGAGAACGCGGUUCGACUCCUGCAUAUGGUCCAGGAUUUCCUCCAGGCGGAGGGGCUGAUAAACCCGGCUCUGUGGACCGAGAGAGUCCUGGAGGAGACCGUGACCUUGAUGGACAGUCUAAUGGUCUGGUACUCAGCCGGGACGCAGUGGUUUCAGUUAUCUCAAGUCGGACUAAGGCUCCUGCUUGGGUUCAUGGCACAAGAGGAUACUGAUGUGUGCGCGAUGGCCACUGCUAAACUAAAUGGCAUUCUCCAAACCAAAGAGAUUUCCAGUCAGGACGAAGCUUGUUACCUUCUGGGCAAAGUGGAGGGCAUCCUGAGACGUGCCAUCCAGGAGAAAACAGAAGAGACAUAUUCAUUUCUGGUUCCUCUUUUACGAACUCUUUUGUCUAAAGUUCAUCGUCUCCUCUACAUGGAGCUCCACCUGCCCCAGCUUCCAGACACCAAUGGCAGCCCCUCCUUCUUUGAGGACUUCAGGCUCUAUUGUAGUUCACCUGAAUGGCGCGUCUACCUCGAUAAAUAUAUAAUUCCCUACAUGAAGCAGUACGAGAUAGAAACAUUUAGCCAAGGUCAUGAAACUAUGGCUCUCUACUGGAAGGAAUGCUACGAGACUUUUAUGGUCAGUCUGCACAAGAGAGAAAGAGAGAGGGGAGAAAGCAAGAUCCGAUUUCAGGAGCAGUUUGUAGAGCCAUUCUCACGACGCAGCCGCCAAGAAAACCUAAGAUACAACAGUAUGCUCAAGCUACAGCACAGCCAGAACAGCGCCACCCUCAGGCAGUGGAAGGCAGCCCGCAGAGGCCUGGUUUGUGAGAGGGGGCCAUGGGCAGACAGGCAACAGGAUGAAAUGCACUGGCGUGUAUCCAGUGCAGAAAACUAUUCACGGAUGAGGUUAAAACUGGUUCGAAACUAUAACUUUGACCCACACAAAGAGGCCAGUGCACUUCGGGAUAAUCUAGGUGUUCAUCACCAACGGGUAAAUCCUGAGUCUAUCCUCCUGGAGGCAGUGAAGCAGGUGAAAGUGAGCGAUUUGGAAGAUGAUAUUUUGGAGCUGCCUGAAGAGGACCCCACCACUGCCAACAACCAAGCUGAGCUGGAGGAGGCCAGUCAGAAAGAGAAGCUGGUUCUCUGGGAGGACUGUGAACUGGUGACUAUUGUUGACGUAGUUACCGGUCGACUGGAGCUCACGACACAACAUAUUUACUUCUAUGACAGUAGCCAGGAAAAAGAGGAAGGAGUUGGUCAUGAUUUUAAAUGGCCACUGUCUCAAAUCAGGGAAGUCCAUUUGCGAAGAUACAACCUGCGACGUUCUGCUUUGGAAAUUUUUCUCAUCGACCAAACAAACUACUUCCUCAACUUCAAAAAAGAGGCAAGAAAUAAAGUCUACAGUCGGAUGUUACUGCUGCGAUCACUCAGUUUAUAUGGGACCCGCUCUCCACAAGAACUGCUCAAGGCGUCUGGGCUAACACAGAAAUGGGUGAACAGAGAGAUCUCCAACUUCGACUACUUGAUGCAGCUCAACACUAUCGCAGGCAGGACAUACAAUGACCUCGCCCAAUACCCCGUCUUUCCCUGGAUCCUUGCUGACUACACAUCAGAGGAACUGGAUUUGUCAGACCCUAGAGUUUUCAGGGAUCUUUCAAAACCAAUCGCUGUCGUCAAUGAACGCAACGCAAAAGCCGUGAGGGAAAAGUAUGAGGGUUUUGAAGACCCCACAGGCACCAUAGACCGCUUCCAUUAUGGUACUCACUACUCGAACGCUGCUGGAGUCAUGCACUACCUGAUCAGAGUGGAGCCCUUCACCUCUCUGCACAUACAACUGCAGAGCGGACGAUUUGACUGUGCGGAUCGACAGUUUCACUCCAUCCCGGGAACAUGGCAGACUCUUAUGGACAAUCCCAACGAUGUGAAAGAACUCAUCCCGGAGUUUUUCUACUUCCCUGAAUUCCUUGAAAACCAAAAUGGUUUUGAUCUGGGUCGACUACAGAUCUCCAAAGAGAGGGUCAAUGAUGUUAUUUUGCCGAAAUGGGCCAAGUCUCCCGAGGAUUUUAUCUACAAGCAUCGCAAAGCCCUGGAGUCGGAGUACGUGUCGGCCCAUCUUCACGAGUGGAUUGAUCUGAUUUUUGGAUAUAAACAACGAGGACCAGCCGCUGUGGAGGCCCUCAAUGUAUUCUACUACUGCACUUAUGAGGGAGCGGUCGAUCUUGAUGCCAUUACUGACGAAAAAGAGCGUAAAGCUGUGGAGGGAAUGAUAAGCAACUUUGGACAGACGCCGUGCCAAUUACUUAAAGAGCCCCAUCCUGUGCGUCUCUCUCAGGAAGAAGUGGAGAAGAGGAAGGCCCAGCUGGACUCAAGUCCUGUCAAUAUGUUCGAACAAAUCAGUGACCUCAAAUCUUUCUUUGUUGAGGGCAUCAGUGACAAUGUGCCACUUAUAAAAGUUGUGGUGCCUAAAAACCAAUCUCACUCCUUCAUCACACAAGGAAGUCCAGACACAAUGGUUGCUGUGAGCCAGAACUGCAUGUUCGGGACACAUGGCUGGCUUCCCUACAACAAAAACAUCUCCAACUAUUUCACUUUUAUCAAGGACCCCACUGUCUCCAAUCCCAAGACGCAGCGUUUCCUGUGCGGUCCGUUCGCCCCUGGAGUGGAGGUGUCUGCUGGGUUAUUUGUGGUUUCUCACGAUGGUAAACUGCUGUUCAGCGGAGGACACUGGGACAACAGCCUCCGUGUCACCUCUCUGGUCAAGGCCAAAACUGUGGGACAACACAUACGACACAUGGACAUCGUCACGUGCCUGUCGACAGAUCACUGUGGUAUCCAUCUGAUCUCAGGAUCUAGAGACACAACCUGCAUGGUGUGGCAGGUCCUACAGCAGGGAGGUGCUCCUGUAGGUCUCCAUCCCAAACCGGUGCAGGUGCUGUAUGGUCACACAGAUGAAGUGGUCAGUGUGAACAUCAGCACAGAAUUGGACAUGGCUGUGUCUGGAUCUAAGGACGGGACAGUAAUAAUCCACACGGUCCGUAGGGGGCAGUAUAUGCGGUGUCUGCGUCCUCCCUGUGACAGCUCUUUGCCCAUGUCCAUCCUUCACCUGGCCGUGUCCUGGGACGGUCACCUGCUCGUUCACACGUGUAUAGAGGGGAAAGCUUCUCUCAAGGAUAAAAACGCUCUGCACCUGUAUUCUGUGAAUGGGAAGCACCUGCACUCAGAGCCUCUGAUGGAGCAGGUCACAGACAUGUGUGUGUCUGGAGAGUUUGUGGUGAUCGGGAGCGAACAGGGACACCUGUCCAUCAGGGACCUCUACAGCUUAUCUCUGUGUAUGGAACCCAUGGCCAUGCGAGUCCCUGUGCGCUGCGUCUCCGUCACCAAAGAACAGAGCCACGUUUUGGUCGGUCUCCAGGAUGGGAAGCUGAUCAUCGUCGGAGUGGGGCGUCCAGCCGAGAUGCGUUUUGGACAGAUCACGAGAAAACUUUGGGGCUCCAGCAAGAAAAUGAGCCAAAUAUCGUCGGGCGAGACUCUUUACAACACUCAAAAUGACCAGACUUGACCUUUGACCCCAGCGUUCCCAUCCUGGCUUUCCCAAACCACAUUCCAGGAUUCUCCCUCUCAUCCAUACCUGUCAGUCAUUCAGCAUUCACUCCCAGUAUUCCAAUAUAUAGACAGUAGAUAAUAGUAGACCAGUGAAUUCAUAGAAAACAAUGAAAGUUUGACUCCAAAGAUGGCAGGCCAUUAGUGAUAUACAGAGGUGGGCAGAGUGUAUUUAUACUCCUAUAAAAAACACUAUGCCACAUGGAGGUGACACGUCACCUGCAUGUUUCAAUGGAAUUACAAAGUUAUAACUAUACUUCAAAACAUUCUCCAUGGAAAUGAAUACAUUUUAUGCCAUACUGUAGAAUAUUAUAGCCAAAAAAUAACAUUUCCAUGGAAACAAGCAGGAGGAGACCACAUAAGAGUCAGGUUUGUGGAGAUGCAAGCCCCACUUAAAGAAAAGACAUAUUUUUUCAGCUGAAAGUUUUUCAGUCCAAAAAGUUAAAGUAAAGUUAAUGUAACUAAGUACUACCCACCUCUAUCUGGGAUUAAGUCACUUUAAUUGGUUGUUUUCAAAUCGUAGCAAUUUAUGUCCCAUUUUUCUAUCAUCAACAUUAUAGAUAUGUAAAAUGUAAUGCAACGAUAUUCAAAACAUAGUCAUUUGAAGGUUAACUGACUUGACAACUCCAAUUGGUUCGGUGAAAGCUUUUCAUGCCAGAUGCCCUUCCUGACUGACUGUAGCUGUCAGUAUUUAACCUCCAAAUAAUACUGGUAGAAGUACUGAUAAAGAAGUGAAUCUGCUAUUAUUUGCCAAUUAUUUGUUUGAUAUAUCUCAGAUCCAGUUGUAUUCAUUGAGUUGAACACUAAAUAUGUCUCCAAUGAACCAGCUUGGCAUUGUACUGACUUGGUGUUGGUACUGUUAGCAUCAUAAUACUCGUCCUUAAAAUGUUUAAACUGGUCCACUAUUUUUUCUACCUGAUCUAUGCUAUAAUAAACACUACUUUUGAUUGCUUUUUAUGGCGCUGGCGUUGAAGCUGCAAUCCAAGUAGCCACCACUUUAAAACACCACUACAACUAUAUUUUCGAUCAUUCUCAUUUUAUAAUUAGCCAAAAUGAUCACAAACGUAUUUCUAAUUGUCUUAGGAAUCGUGAUUGCUAGCGAGUGUUUUUGAAUGUUUUUCCAUGUUUUAUCUGUGUACUAUGUAACUUUUCAGGUCGAGGGGUCAGACACCUGCUUGUCUCCAUUGGGAUAUUUGUGCUUUGCCUGGAAUGUUCCGCAGUAUGGCAUUAAACUUGUCUAUCUUGCAUUUUUGUAUUAUAGGUGUUUGGUUUACUAAAACAAUAUUUCGAAAAACAGGCAUUCUUUCAUGGAGAUGGUAAUGUUUAACGCCAUAUUAUGGAACAUUCUAGGCAAAGCAAUAACAUCUCCAUGGGGACAAGCUUGCUGCAAACCCCUCCACCACAAAAGUUACAUAAUACACCUUAAAAUAUAAUUUUAAGUGGCCUUUUUGGCUUGUUCAGAUCAUGCCUUAUGCAGUAAAACCAGUUCAAUGCUACCACUUACAAGACCAAACACUAUGCCGAGGUUUUUUAUACAUUUGUUAAUAUUGUGAAUGACUUUUUAUGUUUUUCUUUGCAUGUUUGUAGAAGGUCCACUUUGAGAUCGAAUGAUUGAGAAUGGAGUCUAUUUUGUCACAUUUUGAAAACCUAACACUACAUUUGCAGUACAAAUCUCUCUCGUCUCGUCUUUCAAAUUCCUACUUUUACUGAGUAUCUAAGUUACUUGAAGACCUUUUAUUUAUAACUAAGUAGCAAUUUUAAUCAUAUUUUCCUACACUUAUUUAAGUUGACUGUUUAGAAAUCCAUAAAAUGAAGAUAGAAAAAUAGCUUAAGGGCUGUAUGAGCUAAGCAAUACACGUCAAUGCUUUCUUCCUUGUCCCAAAAUGCCAUAUUAUUGGGUUUACUAGUCUUCCCUUAACUUAAACUGGGACAUUAUAUUACAUUGAAUUGCCUCUUUCUGUUAAUAUAUAUUUUAAAUCUUUAUCUUCUCAAAUCAAUGCGUAGAUGCCAUAGGUGAUUAAUACGUAAGGUGCGUACUGUGGAACAUUCUAGGCAAAGCAACUUCUCCAUGGAGACAACCAGAAAAGUGACAUGGUACAUCUUUUAAGCAUUUUUACAGCCAAAUAUUUUUCAUCAAAAGUCAAGUUUCUGUUCAAAGUAAUAGUUUGAUGUUUUGAAGUGCAUAUUAUCGGGCUUCUGCAAUGCUAGUAGUUUCUUGUGGUAAAGAAUUUGACCUGCAAAAUCUGUAUAAUAUUACUGACGGUUCAAACAACAAACUGCAUUACUUUGAGAAAUUAUUGUGUCUUUGAAAUGUUUUUUGUUCAGUGCAGUCAAAUGCAAUGCAGUUGUGUUGUCCAUAUAUAUAGAUGUACACCACUUUAUCGAUUGCAAAUAGUGCCUUUUAUCAACUUAAUUUAUAAACAAUAUCAAAGAAUCACUUAAAGGUCCUAUAGAACGCAAAAUUGACUAAUGUGAGCUUUUAGUCAUGUUAGAAUGCUGUUACUUCAUCAAAAACAUACCUGGUGUUGUGUUUUGUUUCACACAUGUUUGAGUAUCCUUGCAUUUUUGCUACAUCUCCAAAGCUCAAAACGCUCAGUUCCACCUUGUGAUGCCAUUAAGUGGUCAUUUUAAAGUUAACAGCUACCUUUUAGCUUCAAUUGGACUGAUUUACUCUACAAUACACUAUUAGAAUAACUAAGUUGUUGCGUAAGGCGUAUGGAGCUUAAAAACACGGUCAAUGCUUUCUAUAUCACCACUCAGUGACAUCACAAGGUGGAACAAAACACAACUCCAGGUGCAUUUGUGAUGAGGAAACAACAUUAUAACACAGAUCACAAAAUAGUGUAAUAUGGGCCCUUUAAAUGACAUUACCUUGAUUACAACCAAAACUGCAUUCCUCAAUCUAAACAGGAACAAAGGAUAUAUUUAACAAAUCUUUCUCUGUGAUUGUCAAAAAAUGGGUGUGUGUAUAUGUCUGAUUAUUUAUGAAAACACUAUAUAAUGUACAGCAUGAUUCUUAUUUUUAUGUUUAUUUUUGGUGUAUUUCAAAUGUACUUUUUGCACUUUCCAAGGUACUAAAUUGUAACUAAUUUUGUUUUAAAAAUCGGCUCCCUUAUCUGUAAAAAUAACAGCUUUGUAUACAAAAAGUAGUAAAUGAUCAUUAAAAGUAUUGUCUAAAUUUAUAA